UUACCACUGUGGCCAGAAGGGCUGUAGACCCAGCUGGUUUCAAACAUCUGUGCCAAGACAGAGAAACCAUCUCCUUUGUGGACUCCUGGAACUGAAGCCUAAAACAUUUCUUUUGCCUAUCUAGUGACACCUGGCCGGUUCUCCUAAGUGGACAGGAGGAAGAGUUUGCCUAAGAAGAAAUGGCAGAAAUUGGGGAUUUGGUGGAUCAGAAGCCACACCCAGUUCAUGAUGACUUAUUUAGAGAGCCGAUGAAAAAAAAGCGGCGACUGGAUCGAGACCGGCGGUUCCGAGCGUUUCCCUCACUGGAGCAAAGUGCCCUUAAGGAGUAUGAAAGAUUGGAGUCCAGGACCAGACGGGUUUUGAGCAACACUUACCAGAAACUUAUUCAGUCUGUCUUCUUGGAUGACAGCAUUCCUAGUGGAGUCAAGUAUCUCAUAAAUAGGCUUCUUGCCUUGAUUGAAAAGCCUUCAUUGGACCCAAUCUACGUUGGAUUAUUUGGGAGCACAGGGGCUGGGAAGAGCUCCCUAAUCAAUGCCAUCAUCCAGAAAGCCAUGUUUCUACCAGUGUCUGGAGAAAGUACAUGUACUUCGUGUAUUGUACAAGUGAGCUCAGGCUACUGUGAGCAGUAUGAGGCUAAAAUCCACCUUCUUUCUGACCAGGAGUGGAAGGAGGAGCUUAAAAACUUGACUAAACUCCUGCACAGGACAGAGGACCUGAGUGGAGAAGAGGCAGAUGCGUGGGACAAGGAUGAUGAUGCCAUGGAGGAAGCCAUGUGUAAGCUACAAGUGGUGUAUGGAAUGGGGGCAGAAAAUAAGAGUUACAAGGAGUUACUGAGGGCAAAGCCCAAAGCGAAGAUUCCCACCUCCAGAGUCAUCACCCUCAAGGCAGAAGAGGCAGGGGAGCUGUCUGUCAGAUUGGACCCUUUCAUUCGGACUCAGCGGAGAGGCUGGGAUGGAGAACCACCUGAGACACAAAUGUGGCCCUUGAUCAAACAUGUGGAAGUGACUCUUCCUAAAUCUGAGCUGAUUCCAGAAGGUGUCGUAUUGGUGGAUAUUCCAGGCACAGGCGACUUCAACAGCAAGAGGGACGAGAUAUGGAAAAAGACCAUCGAUAAAUGCUCUGUGAUCUGGGUGAUCAGCGACAUAGAAAGAGUUUCUGGGGGAAGAGCCCACGAAGACCUUCUGAAUGAGAGCAUCAGAGCCUGCCAGCGGGGCUUCUGUACAGACAUUGCCCUGGUGAUCACCAAGACUGACAAACUCCACCUGCCAGAAUAUCUGAGGGAAAGAAAGAUGGGAAAUCAAACUAAUCCAAGUCAGCGAGAGGCUGUUCUAGAAAGAAAUGAAAUGAUCAAACUACAAAGGAAUCGAAUUCUCAAAGAAAAACUGAAGAGAAAACUGCCAGCAGACUCCAGGGUUCCUCAAGCCUCAGAUCUGGUGUACACGGUCAGCGCGCAGGAGUACUGGCAAGGGGCUCUCCUCACCGAGGAAGAAACUGAAAUCCCCAAGUUAAGAGAAUACAUCCGGAAAAGGCUCCUGGACAAGAAGAGGAGGCUGGUGACCAAGUACGUUACUGAAGCCUUCGGCCUGUUGCUCCUCACGGACAGCCUCAGCUCCACAGAACGCCUGCUGAACGAACACUUGCACAUGAGUGGCCUGCGGAGAUUUGUGGAAGAGAAGAUAGAGCUGCUGGAGAAGGCCAUCGAACAGUGCUUUGCCCACAUGGAGCAGCCUCUGCGAGAAGGCGUCAGGAUAGCCAGGGCUUCGUACCGGCACAUCCUGGGGGCCUUCCUCGUGAGGAGUAAAGGAAACCAAGGUUUUCACCAGACUCUGAAAGCUGUUUGCUUGAAGAAUGGCAUCUAUGCCUCGCGGACCCUGCCACGGAUUGACCUAAACGAAGCCAUCACGCAGCCUAUCUAUGACCAGAUCGACCCCGUCUUCGGAGGCAUUUUCAGAGCUGGGACACCCAGUGGCUCGGCUCUGAUGCCUCACGUCGAUGCUUUUAAGCGCUCCCUGCAGCAGAAAAUGAUGGAAAUCAGCAUAAGAAACGGCUGGAAAUAUGAUCGCUGCAAAAACAGUUUCCUGAUCCAGGAGAUCAGCGCCAUGCUGGGAGGCCUGGAGGGCCACAUCUUCAGAAGGAAAAGGAAGCUCUACGAGUCUCUCACCACCUCUGUUCAGAACGACCUGAAGCCCUGUUAUGAAGAGGCAGCUCACAUCACCGGCAAAAAAGCAUGCGAGAGAAUGAAGGAUGUCAUCAGAAGAGGCGUGGACCGGCAGGUGGCUGAGGGCAUGUUUGAAAGGGCUCAGGAAAGAAUGCAGCACCAAUUCCAGCAGCUGAAGAAUGGGAUCAUGGAGAAGGUGAAGGGCAGCAUCGCCACCAUGCUCACCCUUGCUUCAUCUCAGGGAAACGGGCUCUACAAGGAGCUGGCAGACGUCAAGAGUGAAUACAAGGAGAUGGAGAAGCUGCACAGGAGCCUGAGGGAGGCGGCCGAGAACGCGGUGCUGAGGAGGGGCAUGCAGAGCUUCCUCCUGCAGCUGUCCCCCCACAAAGCGUAACCUACGUUCCUGGGGCCCGGCCACCUGGGGAUGAAAAGGGAACCUGGGGCCCAGGGAUCAGAAUUCCUUUGGUAAUGUGAAAUCAAGAGAGCAUUUCCCAGCAAGUUGAGCUUCUAUGUGAGAUAAAACUCAACAUACUGUUACUUCUGGUGUAAUCAUUUUAUAGCAAAAAAAGAAAAAAAGAAAGACAUCGAGACUCCUGAAUGGAAAUGUAAAGCUUCAGGGAGAAGCAACUUGUGCUUUCCCAAAGAAAACUAUUUAUAAAUGUCACAACGCACGAGAGCGAAAAAGUGCAAAAAAAAAAAAAAAAAAAUCAAAGAGACCCAGCUGUAUUUCCUGUUUUCAUAGCGACAGUGCUUUGGGGAAGGAGGCAAGGUUGUGCCAUGCAAACAGAGAGCCACGAGGACAUGGGCCCCUGCCUCACUGCUUCUCAGGUGCAUUAGCUAACAUCCCUGCUUUUACACUCUUUUUCCUCAAGGAAAAUUUUUAAAAUUUACAUAAAGGAUUUAUGUAAAUUUAACAGCAUAGUGAUAUUUCUCUCCCUCCCUCCUCCUUCCUUUCUUAUUUUUCUUUUAAGUUUUGAGAUGACAUACUUUCUGUUUACUUUAUAAUCACAAGCUUAACUCCCCACCAAAUAAAGAAUGCCUGGCUGGCGCUGUGGCAUAGCUUGUUAAUCUUCCACCUGUGACACCAGCAGCUCAUAUGGGUGCUGGUUUGAGACCCAGCUGCUCCUCUUCUGAUCCAAUCUCUUGCUAAUGUGCCUGGGAAAGCAGCAGAGGAUGGCCCAACUGUUUGGGCCCCUGCACCCAUGUAGGAGACCCAGAUGAAACUCCUGGCUCCUGGCUUUGGAUUGGUCCAGCUCCAGCUGCUGUGGCCAUUUGGGGAGUGAACCAGCCAAUGGAAGACUUCUCUCUCUCUCUCUUUUUCUUUCUCUGUCUCUACUCCUCUCUCUCUAAUUCUGCCUUUUAUUUUGAAAUAAAGAUAAAAAU